AUGACCACCGUGCGCCACCCCCGCACCCGCCGUCUCCUCCAAAUCGCGCGCUACCUCCUCCAAAUCGCGCGCUACCUCCCGCAGACCGCACCAGCGCGCACCGCACCACAUCACCACCGCGCCUCCGCUGUCGCCAUGCCGCGCCGCUCCAACACCACCGGCGUGCGGGAGCGCCCUAGCGGCGCGUUCUAUGCGGAGAACCGUUCCGGGCCGGAACGGAUCAACCUCGGCACGUACGAGACGGCGCACGAGGCGACGCGCGCCUACGACGUGGCGGCUUGGCGCCUCGGCCGCCCGCACGCGGAGAUGAAUUUUCAUGACGUCUGGAUGCAAGAGCAGGCGGAGGAUCUGGCGCCGCCUCCGCGCCUCUUCACCGACGAGGACAAGCUCCGCCACAAGAUGCUACAGCGGCAGCUCUACCAUGCCUUCGAGGACGAGCGCCUCAUGGCCGAGUGGAAGAGGCGCCGCCCAGAGGACAUCCAGGAGAUGCGCGCCUUCUACGUCGAGCACAAGGCGGUGCAGAAGGCGAGCCGCGUCGCGAGGAGGAAGGAUAAAGCAGAGCUCCACGCCUUCAUCCUGGCGCAGGAGGCCGGCCCUCAGACGAUCAGCGACAAUGACGACAUGUGGUAG